UCAUUCUCUGCCGUCCAUUGGUGAUAUGGAUUCAAUUUUCUCCAUCUCUAGCCAUUCUCUCCUUGGCUCUACUGUUACCUCUUCCUUCUCCCAAAUCGAUUUUCCCGCCAAAUCACAACGGUCGUUUUCGGCGACGCCCAAGUUUCGCUCACACAGGGCCGACGAGUGUGCUGCUGGUCAUAUCGCCUUAUCUGCUUCAACUAGCGGAAGGAGAGGGCUACUAUUUAUGGCCACACUUCCAUGUCUUCUUCCUUUAACUCAAAUCAUGGAUUGUCAUGGAGCAAGUGCGAUCGAGUCAGGUACAAAGGAAUAUCUGCUUAUAAAAGAAGAAGUCCGCAAGGUAUUGUCGAAGGGAAAGGCAGCAGGUGUGCUUCGUCUGGUUUUCCAUGACGCUGGGACCUUUGAAAUGGAUGAUAAUGCAGGUGGCAUGAAUGGUUCUAUAGUCUAUGAACUUGAUAGACCUGAAAAUUCUGGACUAAAAAAAUCUAUAAAGGUUCUGCAAAAAGCGAAGACUCAGAUAGAUGCUAUAAAAACAGUGUCCUGGGCAGACAUGAUUGCUGUGGCUGGAGCUGAAGCAGUUUCUGUGUGUGGGGGACCAAAGAUCCCAGUUUCAGUUGGCAGGCUAGAUUCAUUGGAGCCAGAUCCGGAAGGGAAACUUCCUGAAGAAUAUCUUGAUGCUUCUGGUUUGAAGAAAUGCUUCCUGAGAAAAGGCUUUUCAACACAGGAACUAGUAGCGUUGUCUGGAGCCCACACGCUUGGUAGUAAAGGUUUUGGAAGCCCAACUUCUUUUGACAACUCAUAUUACAAGGUUCUUCUGGAGAAGCCAUGGACGUCUUCAGGCGGUAUGUCAGGUAUGAUUGGCCUUCCUUCAGAUCACGCACUUGUUGAGGAUGAGGAAUGUUUAAGGUGGAUUAAAAAAUACGCGGACAAUGAGAAUAUGUUCUUUGAAGAUUUCAAGAAUGCGUAUGUGAAGCUGGUGAAUACUGGUGCGAGGUGGAAAAGCUUGUAAACUAUGGAAUUUGAUGUUCCAUGAAAACUGUUAUGAGCCGGUGAUUGUGCAUGAUGGCCAUAAUGAUUUGGGUUAUGUACUGAUGUGGUUUGAAGUGGCGUGAAUCGCUGAAGAUCUUAUUUGGGUUCAGGGACCACGGUCUUCUUUUCCCCCACACCUAAACUCGACGGCUCCUCAAUACGUCCCAUAAUCUGUUCUCUUCUAUGGAUUGCAAACAAUGAAAGAAACCAAAAAGUCAUCUCUAACAAAAGCAUUUUCUCAUCACAUCGCUUUCGUUUACAAAAGGUAUGUCAGUUGUGCAUCCGCUUUCACAUCCACCAGUGAAAGCACUCUCUUCUUGGGGUUGAUUCCUUUUUUUCCCAAGGCCAUAAAGUUUGAUACUUAUAUUUAGAAGAAGCCCCAUUAACUGCAGAACCUAGCCCCUGAGUGCUAUACUCAUUUGAGGGUAGGCUUAGCGUAGCUUAUUACUGAUGUUUUUGUUUUGACUGUUACUUUCAAGAGUUGAUCUUGCCAUUUAAAUUUAAAGAAAAAAAAUAAGAAGAAGAAGCCCCAUUAAGGAAAACCGCCAUUUCUGCUGGUAUGCGGCAUAAUUUGUCCGGAAACUUCUAUGUUUCAAUUUGUGGGAUUGAUCAUUAGGUGGAUUCAACAAUGUGGACUCCAAAAGCACUGUCAAAAACCAAAAUUGUACCACUAAUAACGCUUUUUCAGGAUAUUUUAUCACUAUGGUCAAGCUCGAUCGGGGAAGAAACAUAGGCUGAUCGACAGGUUAACAAAUUGCAAUAAAUGGCAUCACGAUUUUGUCACUAGAAGUGGGAAGUUGCCGGCUUGUCUCAAUGGAGUGAGUUACGCCGGAAGCGAGAUACCCCACCUCUCGGGGGAAUAGUGCUUCAAAUGGACAUUUUAUUAUAUCUAUAAGCAUCUUCAAAACAGCUGUUUGAUUGCUUCUCUCUCUACUUAUGACAUGACAGUGGUACUGGUAAUUAUCAUGGGACAUGAACCUUGUAAAUGUGGCUUGGUAGCAAUUCCAUGUACAAUGGUGCAUGAUUGAGGCCUUCCAUUGUGACCCACCGAACGUCUAUAAUCAAUUGCCCCGCUGGUGGGGGAUGCCCAGAUGUCACUGAGAGGGAGUUUGGAAGAAACAAGAAAAAAAAAAGUAAAAAAAAAAAACAGUUUUAAGAAGUGUUUUCAUGCUCAUAGGAGCAAAAAUUUUCUCAUAUAUUUGUUUCGUAUAUUGUAAAAUUAUUUUUAAAA